AUGUCCAGUUUCCUACUUCCAUCGACACUCGCCUCAGUCUCACGAAGGAUUCUCACCAGCACCUCCAAGCCCAGGCCAUUCUCAACCCUCAAUCCCCAUCGCCAUCGUUUCCCAGCCUUCACAUCCAACCCUCUUCCCCAACGAGCCCCUUCUAUCUCGCUCUCCCAGCAUACCAGACCCUCCGGCCCUCCGACUCUCCGCGACCGAUGCCGGCUAGCAUUCUCUCGGGCGAACUCCAGUCUAUCCACGAACCCAGCGCUCCUCCUGUCCCCGCCGAUCAUCUCGAAACAUCUUCUCUUCGUCGCCGGACUCGUCUUCACGAUCGUCGUCGUCGGAGGCUACACUCGGCUGACCGAAUCAGGCCUAUCUAUCACCGAAUGGAACCUCGUCAGCGGCAUCCUCCCGCCGUUGAACGCCGAGGACUGGGAGAAGGAAUUCGCAAAGUACCGGGCCACACCUGAAUUCAAGCUGCUGAACCAUGCGAUCGGGAUAGAAGAGUUCAAGAAGAUUUUCUUUUGGGAAUGGGCGCACCGAAUCAUGGGCCGACUCAUCGGGCUGAGUUUCCUCCUGCCCAUCCCGAUCUUCAUCCGCUUCGGUUGGAUCAGAACGAAGAAGACGGGAUGGUCUCUGGCGGGUAUCGGUAGCUUGAUCGGCUUACAAGGUGGCCUGGGCUGGUACAUGGUCCAAAGCGGCUUGGAUCAGAAAGAACUUGAUCAGAGAGAUGGUGUCCCCCGGGUCUCUCAGUAUCGUCUGGCCGCCCAUCUUCUCAUGGCUUUCACCGUAUAUUCCGCUUGUAUCAGACUCGCAGGCGGCCUCUGGCGUGAUUGGAAAGUCGCCGUCCUUGAUCGCCCUCUCUUCCAUCACCUCAAUCGUCUCCAGAUUUCUUCUGCAAUCGAGUCUAUUCAACUCCUCAAUGAUAAGCUUCCCACUCGAGCUCGUUUCUUCAUCGGCUCUCUCACUGGUCUCAUCUUCCUAACCGCUGGAUCUGGCGCUUUUGUUGCAGGUCUAGAUGCAGGACUAGUCUACAACACCUUCCCCAAAAUGGGUGACCGAUGGAUCCCACCACAGGAAGAGCUAUUUUCGGAGCUAUAUACGAACCGAGGCAAGCUGCAGGGCGCUGUGACUACCGAAGAAAGUGGAGGAGUAACCGACCUGAGUUGGAUGCGGAACAUGUUUGAGAAUCCGACGACGGUCCAAUUCAACCAUCGCGUACUCGGCUCGCUAACGUUUAUCAGUAGUCUGAGUUGGGCGGCUUUUAUCGAGAAGAACAAGCAUCUUGUCCCACGCUCAACCCUCAACCUUAGCAGGCUCAUCGCCCUCGUUGCCUCUAAUCAGGUCGGCCUUGGCAUCGCUACCUUGGUCUACUUGGUCCCAACCAACCUCGCCCUACUCCAUCAGGCUAACUCCCUACUCCUCUUGUCAGUCAGUCUUCUGGCCGGACUUUCCCUCCGUAGACCCGGUGCUCUAGCGCUCAAAUCUGUCUACAAACACUCUCAAGCCCUUCUUCAUAAAACUAAACCAAUUUGA